AUGUCUCACUUCCUUUCUUCGAAACGCUCUUCUCUAAACCCACCUAUCAUGCUGCAAACCGGAGUAUACACCAUUACCGAUGCGACUUGGAAUACCGCGAUGGAUCUGUCUGGAAAGGACAACAAGUCCGUUAUUUCCUACACAAAGCACGGGAUGGAUAAUCAGUUGUGGGAGAUUAUUCCCCUCGGUGCAGGUUACGCCAUACGCAGCAUUAGGAAAGGAACCUAUAUCACAGUCGACAAUGCGCUAGAGGAGGAAUCGUUUGUCAUCGCCACCGAUUUCCCCGUAGCCUGGGACAUUGAAGUCUCACGGGUGGUGGCGGAUAGGAAAGACGAUGAGGGCGUCACUGUCAGUAUCAAGUGGCCGGGUAGCAAGCUGAGCAUAGGUCUGAAGGAAAAGGAUGCGAAUACACCGGCAACUCUCGUGAGCGAAUCGACCCAGGGCCCAAGCCAGCAGUGGAACUUGUCGCUUAAAAGAUUAGGCACUCCUUAA